ACAGACUGACGGACAGACUUAUUAUGGUAGGUUCAUCACAGUUAAAAGUUUUUUUUUUAGAUCAUUGUUCAGAUCAUAAAGUUUUAUACAGCUUUAAAAAGUGCAGGUGGGGCAGACAACUUACGUGGCUGAUGGCUUCAACGGUCAAUGGGAUAAACAGAAAACUAUCCGGGAAACAUGCAUGCUUUCAUUACAAACACAAGAUGGAUAUGAUGGUGUUAUCCCUAUCCUACGCGCCAAUUAUGCAGAAACUCAUGCUGUCCACUUUGAUAAAAUGAUUAGACUAAAAUAGCAUUAUUAAGGUCAGAGAGAUGCUCCGAAAUCAAAGUAAUCUUCCCAUACAGACAAAAGAACCAGGGCCACCACUUUCUUUAGACACAAGCCUCCAACUCCACUUAAAAUGCAGCAUAAAGCCAGCUUCACAAACACUAAGUUUUUCCCUGAGAAAAUGGCUGCAGCAGCUCCUAUCGCAAUAGGCACAAGGGGAACCGUAGGAUCACUUCUCAAGAAGGAAAUUGAGUACUUCACCAAGUUUGAGUUAGAGGGACGAGGGAGCUCCUGGAAACCUCAUAGACAAAUAGUGGAAAUAGAUUGCAGAAGUGAUCAUUCAAGGCCUAGUUUCUGGUUGCUGAUUACUGGGUGGAAAAGGAAGAAGCGAAGAGGAGGCGGCGGAUUCCUACCAAGUAUGUGUUCUGCAACGGAAGUUGCAGAUAUGAAUCAGCUAAACAGGAUUCCUGGUUUCAAUUACAGGAUCCUUAAAAAUGAUGUCAACAACUUUCAUGUUUAGCCCAUCAUGCUGAAGCCAGCCUCUGAGUUCUUGCCAUUCUCAGUUGGAAUUUAAGGAACUUACUUUGCCCACCCUUCAAGCCUAGGGCUUCAACAAAUAUUGUUAAUUAUCUGUUUUUCUCUGAUACUCGUGAGCUACUCUAUAAUCUGAUCAGAGCUAAGCAUCAGAAUCCUGUGAUGAACUUUUGAAUUUUAGCUUUUGCUUUUAAGAAUUCGAACUUGGUUUGUGAUUCCUGUCUCUUGAUGCUUUUAUCAAAGCUCUCUUCAUAAACUCACAAUCCACAGUUCUUUUUUUUUUUUUUUCCUUGGAGGAACAUUCCUAUUGAGCUGUCAUCUGUGACAUAGAUAACUUGGAGGUUCUCCGCUGUACGGUUUCGUUAUCUGUGGUGUACAAUCCAUGAUUUGUAUAUGCUGAUAUACCAAAUCUCGAAGGAAAAACUGUCUUAGUUCUGCUUGGUCUUGCUCUGAUUUGUUGUUAUGAAACCCUAGCCCUUUUUUGCAUCUUUUCUUUUGCAUUGUAAGUUCAUUUGUCUUGUGUUUUGAAGGUCUAUGCGAUCUUCCAUCACCUCUCUUACAUCUUUUCAAACAUAGGGCUAUAAUAUAUGGUGUAU